AUGGUUUCUGCCAAGGAGCCAGCGAUCGCGAUGUCUCGGGGUCUGUCUGUCGCUGUCAUACACUUCCUGUGCCUGGCGACCUGCCUCACCGUGCUCCCGGGACAGCUCAAAAAGGAGGAAAAAUUAUGGCCGGAGAAUUUCACGCGCAUCCUGGACCGUCUCCUGGAUGGUUAUGACAACAGGCUGCGUCCUGGAUUUGGGGGUCCUGUUACUGAAGUCAAAACAGAUAUCUAUGUUACCAGUUUUGGACCUGUUUCUGAUGUAGAGAUGGAGUACACGAUGGAUGUUUUCUUUCGCCAGACAUGGGUGGACAAAAGAUUAAAAUAUGAUGGUCCAAUUGAAAUUCUGAGACUUAACAACUUAAUGGUUACCAAAGUGUGGACACCGGACACUUUCUUCCGGAAUGGGAAAAAAUCUGUCUCGCAUAAUAUGACAGCUCCGAAUAAACUUUUUAGAAUUAUGAGAAAUGGCACCAUCCUGUAUACAAUGAGGCUCACCAUAAGUGCUGAGUGUCCCAUGAGAUUGGUGGAUUUUCCAAUGGAUGGCCAUGCCUGUCCUCUGAAAUUUGGGAGUUAUGCAUAUCCAAAGAGUGAAAUGAUCUACACCUGGACAAAAGGACCUAAGAAUUCCGUGGAAGUACCUGAAGAGUCUUCCAGUUUAGUUCAAUAUGACCUGCUUGGGCACACAGCAUCCACUGAUACUGUUAAAUCCAUUACAGGCGAAUAUGUUGUUAUGACGGUACACUUCCACCUCCGACGGAAAAUGGGUUAUUUUAUGAUACAAACAUAUAUCCCCUGCAUCAUGACAGUGAUCCUCUCCCAAGUUUCAUUUUGGAUCAAUAAGGAGUCUGUUCCUGCCAGAACCGUUUUUGGCAUAACCACAGUGUUGACCAUGACAACUCUGAGCAUCAGUGCAAGACAUUCUUUGCCCAAAGUAUCCUAUGCCACUGCCAUGGACUGGUUCAUUGCUGUGUGCUUUGCCUUUGUCUUCUCUGCACUGAUUGAGUUUGCAGCAGUCAACUAUUUCACUAACGUUCAAAUGGAAAAAGCCAAAAGGAAGGCCACGAAAUCCAUCCCUGAAGUUCCAGUGACUCCUGUGCAGAAGGAAAACGGUGCAGAGGAGGCGCCUACGAAUACAGACUCAAAUUCAAAUGUAAGAAAAAGAACUAACACCACAGUACAUCCGGAAACCGAGAGCGUGAAGAGAAUGGACACAGAAAACAGUUCAAUGCCACCUUCGGCAGUAACUCAGGGGCCUUCGGACAUUAUGCCCCGAUCUCCUCCGGCAUCGAGUCCAAACCCAUUCAGCCGAAUUAGCAUAUCAGAAACAUUGGCUUCUACAAGAGCUACUCCUUCAGCUCCUCCCUCUACCCCAGUUUUAACUGGAUAUAUACAGCAGCAAGCCACAGGUGGAUCGCCAUCCAUUCAUCAUUUACUUGGAUCUAGACUGGAGCAGAUUCAGACUACAGCAAAUACUUUGGGAGUGUCUGCAAAGUCAUCAGCCGCCACUCCUCCUCCUCCCCCACCCUCAAGCUCUGGCACCAGUAAGAUAGACAAAUAUGCACGCAUUUUGUUCCCUGUCACUUUUGGAGCAUUUAACAUGGUCUACUGGGUGGUGUAUCUAUCCAAGGACACCAUGGAAAAAUCAAAAAGUCUCAUGUAG